GACUGCUAAAUAUAAAUGAUUACUUGAGGAACAUUACUAAGUUUCACAUCCUUUUUUUAAGCAAUGGAUUUUCAACAUUACUUAAGUAUAUGGCCAACUACUUGUCUGACUUUCAGAUUUACAGCAUUUUAAAUCUGUAUUCUUGUUUUAUUUGUCUAACUGAUUCAAUGCUAAAUUCAGAAGAAGAGACAGCAGUCAACAUACCUGAAGUGAGAUUUUAUAAUCAGAGAACACGGACAACUUGGAUUAGUCUACAGUGAAACAGCUGGUCACCCUUCUUGAUCACAAAAAACCACAUGGCACCAUUAGCAAAUGGAGUGUUUCUGCUCAGCGUAUGUCACUUGCUGACAUCCAUGAGGGCUGAAAACCCCAUAUUUUUUCCUUGUGAAAACAACACUGAUUCAACAGUGGUGGACUGUAGUCAGAGAAAUUUGACCCAUGUGCCGUUAAUCCUCAAGUCAUCCUCUGUGCUAUCCCUGAAUUUGGAUCGGAAUAAAAUUCAAAAGUUGGAGCGCCUUGCCUUUGCUGGAGUUUCCCAACUGCGGAUCCUCAUGAUUAAUUGGAACUGCCCCCCGGGUAGGCUGAGGGCCCUGGGUGUGCCUCCCUGUCACAUGCAGAUAGACCCAGAGGCCUUUACUGGCUUGAAGAACCUGACCAAGCUCUUCCUGGCAGGCAACAGUCUUAUCCAAGUUCCUGCGUUGCCCGAACACCUGGAAGUACUGAGCAUUGAGUAUAAUAAACUCUUCAAUAUCACUGAGCCUCUGGGGACCCCACUCCUCCAACAACUUUUUUUAUCUAAAAACUGUUACUAUGCCAAUCCCUGUAACCAAACCUUUUUCAUAGACAAGAAGAUCUUCCAAGGUUUGCCGAACCUGUGGAAUCUCACCUUAGGAUAUAAUAAUAUCACUGAGGUUCCCCCUGGUUUGCCUCCCUCCCUGGAAGUCCUGGACCUCAAAGAGAACAAAAUUAGUGAGAUCAAUGAGCUGGCAUUCGCAAACCUGUCAAAGCUCAGGAACCUCAACCUUGAGUGGAACUGUCAGCGCUGCGACCAUGCAGCCCAGCCUUGCUUCCCAUGCGCUAACAAUGCCCCUAUUAAGCUGUACCAGGGAACUUUCAGGAACCAGGUGCAGAUCACCUCCCUGAGUCUAAGAGGGAACUCUCUCAGACACCUGCCAGACAAACUGUUCAGCAACCUGCAAAGCCUCAAUUAUUUGGACCUCUCUGAUAAUCUGCUGGCCUAUGCAAUCAGAAAUGGUACCUUCUUCAAAGACCUGAAGAACGUCUCAACUCUCAACUUAAUCUAUAACUACGAACCCCUGAAAACAUUCAAAAAUCUUUCCCUCUCCCCUCACAUCAGUGAAAUGAUUUCUUUGAAAAACCUCCUCCUCAGUGGCUACUUCUUCCAUGAAGUGUCCUCAGAGGGAAUCAAACCACUAAUGAAUCUCACACAUUUAGAGAAAUUGGAUUUACGAAUGAAUUUUGUAAGUUCGUGUCAUGUUGAAAUUUUUAGGAAGAUGAAGGCUUUGAAACAUAUAGUUCUUUCUCAGAACAUGUUGGAUUUUAUGCAGCAAUCCCAUAAUCCCAAUUUCUGCCAGUCAGAUCCCCCAAAUCAGCAGAUGGAAGAUGCCAUGAUUAUUUCUCCAAAAAUAAUUAACACAGAAAAAAACUAUCAAGGAUCACAUGAGGAUCAUAAUGAUGGUGAUCAUGUGAACCCAGAAAUGUGGACCUUUUUUAAACGUUACUGCGACAGAAAGUUAUAUUUUGACUUGUCCCUAAAUAAUAUCCUUUCUCUGAGGGAAAGCACAUUCAACGGCAUGGAGGAGGUGUACUGUUUGGAUUUGUCAUUUAAUUAUUUAAGUCAGUCACUGAAUGGAAAACAGUUUGUUCCCCUAAAGAACCUAGUCUAUCUUAAUAUGUCAUUUAAUAGAAUUGAUUUCUACUAUGAUGGUGCUUUUCAAGAAGUGAGGGACACACUUAAGGUGCUAGACCUCAGUCAUAAUGCAUUUCAUUUUUAUAUGAAAGGUAUGGGUCAUCGCUUUGAAUUCAUCCAAAAUCUGACAUCACUGGAAGCCCUGAGUCUGGCUGACAACAACAUCGGAAUACGUAUCUCAUCAAAACUGACAAGUUCCUCCCUCAAUUAUUUAUUUUUUGCUGGCAACCGCCUAGACAUAAUGUGGGAUACCAGGGGUGACCAGUACAUCUUCUUUUUUAAAGAACUCACCAACCUGACCUAUUUGGACAUUUCCCGGAAUAAGCUCAUUUACUUCUCCCCUGAAGCCUUGUGUAACCUUCCAGAGAACCUUAGAACCCUGAAAGUCAGUGACAACGGGCUUCAUUAUUUCCCUUGGGGCAACCUUACAGUUCUCAUCAACCUCUACAAUCUGAUCCUCAGUAGGAAUUCCCUUAGUCAGCUGCCUAGUGAUGUCAUAUUUGGUCCCAACCUGACAUUCCUGGAUUUGAGUUACAACAGCAUCGGCCAGCUGCCCGAGGGCUUCUUCCAAGCAGCCACUUCACUGCGCUACCUCUUUCUGAAUAACAACCAACUGAAGUUCCUUGAUAUCCAAAGCCCCCCAUUUCAGUUUGAUAGCUGCCUCCAGAAGGUGACGCUUCAUGAUAACCCAUUUGUGUGCAGCUGUGAUACAGCCUGGCUCUCUGACUUUCUGAGGACCAGUCCCAUUCAGUUUCCCAAACUCACCACCAACUUUAAGUGUGGAUUCCCUGAGUCCCUGCAAGGAGAGAGUGUGUUGUCAAUGGACCCUCGAUCCUGCCAGGAAAUAUUCGGCAGUAUUGGGUUCCUCUGCACAUUCCUACUGACUAUUGUGUUGACUGUUGUUCCCCUCCUUAAAAAACUGUAUGGCUGGGACCUUUGGUAUUGCGUCCAGGUCUUUUGGGCUGGGCACAAAGGUUACUCCAUGCUCCAGAACAACUCAAACCAGCAUGAUGCCUUUGUAGUGUUUGACACUAGAAAUGUACCUGUAAGAGACUGGGUUUACAAUGAGCUUGUGGUAAAUUUAGAGGACAGGGGAAUGAGGAGGUUCAGUCUCUGUCUGGAGGAGAGGGACUGGGUCCCUGGAGUUGCAUGCAUAGAGAAUCUACACAAUGCUGUAAACAACAGUAAGAAAACAGUGUUUGUGUUGACUAACAAUGGUGCUGUCAAUGGCACACUCAAACAGGCCUUCUACAUGGUACAGCAACGGUUGCUAGAUGAAAAAGUAGACGCAGUCAUACUCGUGCUUCUGGAUGAGGUUUUCCCAAAAAUGAAAUAUAUUAAAAUGAGAAAGAGGCUCUGCAGGAAGUCAGUCAUCUCAUGGCCCAGGAACCCACAUGCUCACCAACAUUUCUGGAACAAAAUGAGAGCAGCCUUGGCUGCAGAUAACUACCGUUCUUAUGAUAAAAAUAUCAAUGAAGGUUUCACAUCCGGUGACUUGAUCUAACCUUCAUAAAUGCACUGACAGUCAAAAAUAAUUACUCACCAUGCACAGACAGGUUUAGGUAUACUGAGGAGGGAAUUUAGGUUCAAACAGCCCAAAGAAUUUGAAGCCUUUCCUGAGUAGUGCUGUUUAUUGACAGUAUAUUUAUGAGGCAAUUAAGUUAACCAUCAGUCAUUGGGCUUUGAUCCCAUUGAAAAAAGUUUGAGCAAUGUACAAGGUGUGAGAACUCUUUCACUAGAAUCUGCUGGGAACUGUGCACUGCUAGAAACAUCAGAAAAGAUGCUAUAGACUUUUCUCAACAAAAGUAUAUAUAUAUAUAUAUAUAUAUAUAUAUAUAUAUACUUACAUGCAUUUUUAAAAUUUCACUGGGUUCAUGAAAUUUGUUUUAAAAUGGUUAGUUGUGAUUAAUUACGAUUUUAAUAGUCAUAAGCGUUUAAACAUUGUGAGUCAUUUAUCACCUGUUUACUGAAAUGAAAAUGACUCUUUCAGUUCUUUUAUUUUGUGUUUUCACUAAAAUGGAAGUGAAAAUGAUUUACAUUUCAAGACUGUCAUGCCAGGUGUGUUCAGGAGUUUCCCCACUGCUUUAAUGACUGUUUAUCAAGUGACAGUAUUUUUGGAUUUAGGCCCUUUAACUUGUUUCUCUAAUUGAGUGUCAUCUUGCUAUUUUUCAUUAAUACAAUUAACAGAGAAAUAGUUCUAUUUCAUUUAAAGCCAUACAGAUCACAGUGAAGGUGUACAUUUUUUCCUUUUAUGGACUACCACAAACUCAAUUCUCAACUCAUAGAGGACCGGGAAUGGUACACAAGAAAUUGGUUUAUUUUGCUGAUGGAUAAAUGUUUGUUCUUUUUGUGAGAGUAUUUUAUGGAAGCAUUUGUGCUUUAAUUUCUGUAAUUAUUACUGUACAUGCUUGCUUGUAUCUGGGACACUUCACUUUCUUUUUAGGUUAAGGUUUAGGUAAAGAUUCUUCUUAGUUAAUUCUCAUUGUUUUGCUGAACAUACAGUAUGGUCAGAUGAGAGCAAAAUGGAACUUUUAGACCAUGCACUCCAACCGUGGAUUUGGUGUCGGGAGAACACAUUGAAAAGGGCGUCAUAUUCACAGUCAAAUAUGGCAGUGCAUCUCUGAUGUUAUGGGGCUGUUUUGCUGGUCCUGGGGGUCUCGUUAAGGUAAAGUACCAAGCCAUUUUCAUUAAAUGAUUUGCCCUGGUAUCCCUUCCAGGAAGCUCAAACUUGGCACAAAAGCAUCUUUAAAUAAGACAGUGAUCCACAACAUACAUCACUAUCCACCGAGAAAUGGUUGCUGUUCAAAAAUAUUUUGCAAUGGCCUGCACAUUCUCAAGUCUUGUUCCCAAUCAAAGGGUCUGAAGGAUCUUGAAAGAAAAUGUGGAGGAAAGGUCAGAGGUGGUAUUAUCCUUGUGAAGGAUAGGGUACACAAUGUUCUGAUAUUUUUGUGAAAAUGUGUUAUAUAUUCUUUGUUCAUCUUUAUCUUUAAAUUAGAAAAAAAAAAAAACUACAGUUGUAGUGUAAGAGAAAUAAAUAUAUGUGUACAUCUAACUGUAAAAUAAGUACACAUGUUUGUUGAAUCCAGUCCAAUGAUUCAUCUGCUUUUUAUCGACAAUUUCUGGUUACAAUUUUUGUUUGUAUAACAUUUUUUAGAAGGCACUUGGGAGUAAAUAUAUGUGAACAGUACAGUAUUACACAAAUGUACUGCAUGGGAAUGUAUUCCGUAGCAUUGAAAUGGCAAAAAACUUUGAAGGGCAAGACCAUAAAUGAAUGAAAUCACAAAUUGUGCAGAAUUCUAUGGAUGGUAAAGCAAUGCUGAAACAGGUUGAAUAAAUCUAUCAAAUAUACACCAGUAGAGGGCAGCAAAACAACCAACUGUAUCGGCCUGUGCAAAUUCAAACAGGCUUUAAAUAUUUAUUUAAAAAUAAGCAUUACUAAUAAACCUAACAGACACAAGUUCCUGGAGACAGACCCAACAAUACUAACACAACCCAAUAUCCAAUUGAAAUUGAUAGUUAAAGUCACAGUUUUUUACCCCUUUUUUCUCCUUUCUUUCCCAGCCUUUAAAAAACUGCAAGACAACAUUUAUGUACACAAUAAUGUUUGAUAAUAAAAUAGUUUAGUGCUUGGCCAA